AUUAAGGACACGUUUUUAUAUUUGAGACAAGAAGAUUAUUAGAAAGAGAAAGACUAUCAAAAGAAGAAAAUUAACCAAAGCAAAAUUAUCUUUCAUUUAUAUAUCUACAAUAUUUUAAUUUAUCAAAAUGUCUAUAAAUAUACGCUGUGCUACGACAGAUGAUUUAUUAAAUAUACAGCAUUGCAAUUUACAAUGCUUGCCAGAAAAUUAUCAAAUGAAAUAUUACUUAUACCAUGCUCUUUCAUGGCCACAGUUGAGUUAUGUGGCAGAAGAUGAAAAAGGCAGGAUAGUAGGCUAUGUCCUUGCUAAAAUGGAAGAAGAUUGCGAAGAUAAUCCACAUGGACACAUUACUAGUUUGGCAGUAAAAAGGUCACAUAGAAGACUUGGUAUUGCACAGAAGCUUAUGAAUCAAGCUUCCAGGGCAAUGGUUGAAUGUUUUGGAGCAAAAUAUGUUUCUCUACAUGUUCGUAGAAGUAAUCGGGCAGCUUUGAAUUUAUACACAAGCAGUUUGCAAUUUGAAGUAUCAGAAGUUGAACCAAAAUAUUAUGCUGACGGAGAAGAUGCUUAUGCUAUGAAACGCGAUCUUAGUAGCUUUUAUUUGGAAAAGAAUGCAACAAAAGAAAAAACAAACAAAGAUGGUAAUACGCACAUACAUACUGGCAGAUGCUGUGAUCGUUCAUAGUCAAAUUGGGAUGUUUACCUAUAAGUCACAACUGAUUUCACAUGUCAUUAAUUCAAUACUGUUUGAAUUCAAAUCAGUAUCAUAGAUAUGAACACAUAUAAUAUUUUUCAUAAAUAGAUUUCCAUAAGAAGUGCACGAAAUAAUCACGAGUCAAGCAUCAUGGCUUGAAUGUUUAACAUAUUAUCAUUAUGAAAAUUUUGCAAAUACUUAGAAUAUUAGUGUUCAUUCGAGCCUUACUUGAGACAUAUGAAAUGUUUUAUAUACCACUAAAAAGGGGGUGUACUUGUUAAUAAUUAUACAGCGGAUAGGAGAGAGAUGAAACUAAUGUAUGUAACGUAUGUUUAAUGCGGAUUGAGUUAAAAAGUUUCUAACAAAUGUAUCAUUGCGUGUAGUUGAUCAAUAUAUUAUGUUAUUUAAAACAUGCGACUCUUAAUAUAAUAAUAAAGAUGAUAAGCAGAGAUGACAA